AUGUCGCACCUUGCCCUCCAAGAGAGUGAAGGCCCGUCAGACCAGCAAGGCCUUGGACAGUCGACCUCCCAGUCCUCCCAGUCCAGUCUGCAGUACGCCCAGGACAGCCCUACAAUCGGGAGGGCUCAGAUCCAACCCCAUCCUUUUGCCGGCCAGGCAAUCAACGGUUCUGGCUCCCAUAGCCCAUUGCCAACGCCUUCCAGAUCCCAACGUAAACCUGCUCCAAGCCCUCUGCAUGCGAGCACCGCUAUAUCUCCGCCAUCGAGUGCCAGCUCCAGCCCAUCGCGAUCCGACUUCCCAUCACCACCGCAUCCGACCCAAUCCGCCCGUACGCCACCGAAGAUAGCCACCGCUGCCUCUCAAGUCGAGCGAACCCCCAAAUCGGCGGCCCAGACGACAUACUACGACAGUGAUUCGUCGGGCGCCGAAACAUCUGAAGAUAGCAGUCCAGGACCAGAUCCUUCACGUCGACUCCCGAAUGACGUUCGCGACGCUCCCGGGCGAGUCGUGACCGAAAAGCCUCUUGGCGCCGCCAUCAAACCAUCGCCAGCAAUGGCGGGCCUGUCACCUACUUCACGAGGGGAGCCGGCCAAAGGCACCCCACGGAACUCGUCGAUAGAUUCUGCCAUAUCCGCAAUAUCCUCAAGAUCCCAGCCCAAUAAGAUGGCCCCCGAGGGCCAAUCGCCAACUCCCGAGAUUGCUAGCCUUAUAAAGACGGCAGGCAGCGCUGAGGCGGUAAUCCGGUACCUGCUGAAAGAGAAGCAAUCACAAUCCCAGCAAAACUCUCAGUUAUGGCGGCUGGUCGACAAACAGAGGGCUAUGAUCCUCGGCCUGAAUAAGGACUUGGAGAGGGCUCUCAAGGAUAAGGAGAAGUAUAGGAAGAAGCUGAAGGAGGUCAUGGCCGUGACGGAUGUUCCUCUUCUUCCAUCCGCACCUCCUGCACAGGCAGCCCGACCUCCGACCGCCAGCGCACCCAAAACGACGGCAGAUUCCAGCAGCAAGACUCGGGUCCUCGAAAUCCCGGUCUCUCCAGGCCUAGACUCGGACAGCCAGAAGCAUUCGCCCAUCGACAUGACCCUAGCGCCAUAUCCCAUCACGCCUCCUGCAGACCAACUCCCCGGCGGUCCGCCAUCGGCAGUGGGCGAUAUGUUGGAUCCCGCACAUACCAUGCCCAAGUCAUCUGAACACGCUCUGGACCAAUUCGAUCACGACAAGCAAGAAAGAGACGCAGAGGCGGAGAGGAGACGAGCCGAUGCCGCCAAGGAUCUUCCCAUCAACCUCAGCUUGCCACCGUCGCGAAGCUUGCCGAGCGAACCUCCACGGGUUCCGCCACCUCGGCUCCCGCCUGUCCCCCCGCCAUCAACGUCUGCCUUCGAGGCCGCCCCGAUGGUAGACGAGGGAAUCGCUCAAUAUCCACCGCCGGCGGCCCCGCCACCGCGGAAGCUACCGCCUGCUCCCCUGCAGCUCAGAAACUUGCAACAGCAAAGCCCCACAAUCCCGCCGGACGACGAGCUCGAGACCGACUCGGAUUAUGAUGAUAUCUUGGAGGUGGACGAGAUGAAGCUCGACGAGCGAAGAGGCCGCCGAAGAACGAGGGAGGAGGACGAACGAAAUCGGGAAAUUCUCGCCCUCAAAGAAGCCGAGGUUCGGAGUCUCUCCAUGAAGAGCAAGAAGAGCAACAGCAGCUUGAAGGGAACCAACCAGGCGGCCAUGCAAAGCGAGAUACAAGUCAGCCCAAGACUCGCCCAGUCCAAGACCAAGGGGACUCUCCAGCGGGAUAACAUCCCUGCGUCCCUUGCUGGAAUUCUCAACGGCAGCGUGGCUCCGGACCCGGAAUUUGCGGCCCCGCCCGCGUUGCUCAGCCCAGGCCUGCCGUCGAGCCCUCGCCCCAUGGGUAUGAAAUCACCCGGUAUGACCUCGCCGCCGCUCUCGCCCCUCGGCGUGACGGCGUUUCCGGGAACGCCCUUGUCCCCUCGACCACCGCGCCAGCCCAUUCCGCUUCCAAUCAACACGCCACUGUUGACUGGUCCACUGGGAGAGCCCCUGACCCUGACUUCCCCAAAGCCUCUAAAUAUCUUGAAGAAAGUAUCAGAAAGCGCCCAACCAAGCCCUACCAAGAGCAGUCGCGAGAGCCCGACGGAACGGAGCAGGAUUUUCAAGGGUUUCGUCACCGAGGACUAUCCCGACCUGCUACUCCCGCCAAAUGCCCUGCCGUCGAUCGACAUCAGGGUGGCGUCUUCGCGAAUGAAGCCGUCAAGGGCCAGCUUGCUGUCCCUGACACAGCUGGAGGAGGACCCGGUGUUCACUCUGGCCAUAUUCUCAAGGGCCGACAGUGGCGAAUUAUGGCGCGUAGAAAAGGACUCGGCCUCGCUUUCUAAGCUUGACCAGAGGCUGAAGCAAUGCAGCACCUUCACUGCGAAAACACCCGAGAGGUCUCUCUUCACUGGACAUGCUCCGGCCAAACUCGAUGCCCGCCGCCUGGCUCUCGAUCAUUACCUGGACGAGCUCCUCAACACGCCUCUCGACAACGCGACGGCACUGGAACUAUGCAGGUACUUGUCGACUAACACCCUGCCGCCGAAUGCCGACGAGACUGGCUCGUCGAAUUCAGUCCGGACUUCGACCAAAGACACCGUCCUGAAGACAGGGCCCGGCGGGCGGCCUUUCAGAAGCGGGUAUCUCACCAAACGGGGCAAGAACUUUGGCGGCUGGAAAGCCCGGUUCUUUGUCCUUGACGGUCCCAACCUGCGAUAUUACGAGACUCCUGGAGGGGCUCAUCUGGGAACCAUCAAGCUGCCGAGGUCGCAGAUAGGCAAGCAAUCGCAGCACAACAACGAUGGCGCUUCGCCGGUACGCGCCCCUUCGGGCUCGGAAGACAUCGACAACCAAUACCGACAUGCAUUCCUCAUUCUGGAGCCCAAGAAGAAAGACCCCAACAGUAUCACGAAGCAUGUUUUGUGCGCGGAGAGCGACGAGGAGAGGGAUCAGUGGGUUGACGCUUUGCUCCGUUGGAUAGACUACAGAGAUGCAGACGACGAUGAGCCUGCGACAUCAAAGAAAGAGCAAACCCACGACCGCCAGGAUCGUGCCAGCGGCAUCAAUGCGAAGAGGAGGACUCAACUACAAGCGAGGCAGCAGCAUCAUCAGAACGCCAAUGAGAGCGAGAAUAGCCUCAUUGGGGUCAGCUACGAAGCCACCAGGCAGGGCGACAUCCCCCAGGGCGCGCCAUCCAGAUCGAAGAAUGGGCCACAUCAUGACUAUGACUCACCCCAUAAUCAUGCCCAGACCAUGACCUCUCAGCAGUCAUACUCCAUCUCGGCGCCCAGAGACCCGCAGGUUAUCUCGGACUCGGCUUCGUGGGGCUCAAAGCUGGGAAUGGGUCUGGCACCCCCAAAUCAAGAGGAGAAGAAGGCGAGGAAGCGAAGCUUCUUCGGAUUCGGGCCCAAGACUCGAACGUCUAGCGACGGGCAAGACUCCCUCUUCGGGAGCGACAAUGGGCCGGCGCAGUCGGGGCCAUCUGCCAGCCAGCAGUCUGGGCCGGUUCGCCAGGUGUUCGGGGCGUCUCUUGCCGAGGCGGUCCGAUACAAUAGCCCCGUGGAUGUCGAUGUCCCACUGCCGGCGGUUGUGUACCGUUGCAUCCAGUACCUGGAUUACAAGAAUGCCACCUCGGAGGAGGGCAUCUUCCGACUCAGCGGCUCCAAUGUCGUCAUCAAGCAGCUGCGGGAGAGAUUCAACAACGAGAGCGACGUCAAUUUGAUUACCGACGAGCAGUAUCACGACAUCCACGCUGUCGCUUCCCUGCUCAAGCUUUACCUUCGUGAGCUUCCUACGACCAUACUGACGCGAGACCUGCAUAUGGAGUUCGUCUCGGUUACCGAGAUGACGAACCAGAAGGAGAAGAUCGCCGCCCUCGGCGAGCUGGUGGAGCGGCUUCCGCAAGCCAACGCCACCCUGCUCAAGUACCUGAUCGCCUUCCUAAUCAAGAUCAUCAACAACCAAGACGUGAACAAGAUGACGGUGCGCAACGUUGGAAUCGUCUUCUCGCCGACCCUCAACAUCCCGGCCCCGGUCUUUGCCCUGUUCCUCCAAAACUACGAGCCUGUCUUCGGCAUAGAUCCAAUUGACUAUGAGCUGCCCUCGCCCGUAUCUGAAAGGGAGAGGCGCCCGUCCAAUCCAGAGCGACCAAGCUUCCAGGACCGACGUCCGUCCGACUCGCAACCCCGCCCCUCGACCUCAGGAACGGGCUCUUCAUCCCCUCACCGCCAGCGGCUCAUGGAGGCCGUCCUGGAGGGCCAGAGCCAGCGGAACGGCCAGCGGGGCACACCAACACCGAACGGCCAGCGGAGCACACCAACCCCACCGCCUGCUCCUCUCAUGAGCAUGCAACAGAUGGCACAGCUAAACGCCGCCCAGAGGUCGACCCCUACCCCGCCGCCACAGCGGCUGACUAGCUAUGAACCGUCUUUUCUUGCGCAACAGAACCAGGCCGGCAGUCAUAUUUCGCUGCGGCCGGCAUAUGACAGCGGCUUCGUUGUUCCCACUGGUUAUGAUGUGACUCAGUUCCACCCUCAACCCCCCGGCCAACGUUCCCAGCCAGGCUACGAUCGACCCAUCUACGAACCCGGCGCCCCUGUUCCUUACGACCAACCCUACAGCGCGAAGAGUCGGCGGGAAAGCGGCAUGUUCCUGGGACCGGCUGGCCUCAACAACCAGGGCUCGAGAAGCCGUUUGAGGGAGGAGGCCCAGUUCUAA